AUGGCAUCUAACCUGCACAACCUCCUAUCUUCGUUGCGUUCACCGAUAUUCCAGACGCUUUCAAAUCCAACCUCAUCACGUAUGGGAACCAAAUAUUUACGACGUCGACUACGUGGUCCAUCAAUAGCGUCUUACUAUCCUCAAUUGACCAAUCCUUUUCCCUCGAUAUCAGCUCUGAAUAAAACGCAUCCUUCGAAUCCUUUUGCAGGAUGGGAAGGUUCGAAACUACCUGAAACGAUAUCUAGGCCAUCUGGAAGAGUGGUAAUGGAGAAUGUGCAAUGGAAGAAUGAAGGAUCAAUGUUGAGAAAUUCUGAGCUCGUUGAUGAUGGGUUCGAAGAAAUAGGAAGAAAGAGGGGUUUAGGUUGGCUGGCUGAUGGUAAAGAAGUCCGAAGAGCGGAGAGGGUCAGGGUCAGAAAGACAGCUGGCAAAGGUCCUCCUAAGAAAGGUCAAGGAAGAAGAUCGCAAAUGAAGAAGAAGUAG